UCAGCGCACGAGCCGAGUCGGUCCUCGCGAUCAUUAUUGAACGACGUGUAUUUGAGCGCUGGAAAUUGAUUCAUUCCCGUUUCAAAGCCGAUUAUAGGUAUAGAAAAUAAUUUACGAAGAACUGGCGAUCUGCUGUCCUACAUACGUUUCUCUUUUCACGGUGUACAAGAGAUCAAAAUAUUUUACUAAAGGGCCACGACAGCAACAGACGAACACUUACGAGAGAAAGAUCCAGGCCGGUUAUUCUGUUGCUCUGAUGCAAUUGUGGUGGUUCUCAGUGUCUGCUGAUCUUAAAGAAAGUGAAGGUGGUUGUGUGGUGUGAGGAGUGUGUAUGUGUGUGCGUGUGUGAGUAAUGGCGGAACAGCAGAGACAGCGUUCACUCUCCACAUCAGGAGAAUCAUUAUACCAGGUCCUGGGAGUCGAUAAAAACACAACACCAGAAGACAUAAAAAAAUCCUACAGAAAACUAGCUCUGAAGUUCCACCCAGACAAGAAUCCCGACAACCCAGAAGCGGCUGACAAGUUUAAAGAAAUCAACAAUGCUCAUGCCAUUCUGUCAGACCCCACCAAACGCAAUAUCUAUGACAAAUAUGGUUCUCUCGGCCUCUAUGUGGCAGAACAGUUUGGAGAGGAGAAUGUCAAUACAUACUUUGUAUUGUCCAGUUGGUGGGCCAAGGCAUUGUUUAUAUUCUGUGGUGUGGCGACAGGUUGUUACUUCUGCUGUUGUCUGUGCUGCUGUUGUAACUGCUGCUGUGGGAAGUGCAAACCUCAUCCUCCUCGAUCAGAGGAACCGGAGUUCUAUGUGUCUCCUGAAGACUUGGAAGCUCAGAUGCAGUCUGAUGAGAGAGAUGGCAGCAACCCCAUCGUAAUGCAGCCCUCAUCUGCUUCAGAGACCACUCAGCUGACCGCAGAUUCUCAUCACACCAGCUACCGGACCGACGCCAGCUAUUAAAACUCCUCUGCAUAACCUCCCUCUCUCUCUUUCUUUCUCUUUCUCACACACAUGGGACCACCAUGCCAGAUGAGGGCGCUGUGGUGAAACAGUGUUGAGAGAGAGAAUCAGAGAAAAGAGGAUGAUGGGUUACAUCAGUUGAGCAGAUCUUCUGCUGUAUAUUUGAAAAACCUAAGAAACGCUCCACUGUACAGGGAAAUAAAGCAAGUUAAUUUUUAUUUGCCCUUUACCUCUUUCAUCCCCUAACCUACUGCUGUAUUCAACACACACACACACACACACACACACACACAAAGACUUGCAGUGUCAGUACAGUCUUCCUAUAAAUGUUGUGCAUCUUUAGCAUCUCGUUAACAUGAGCUGAAGAAUGACUCCCCUUGAUUUACAAUUGUCUACAUGAUCAAUGAGGGUAAUUUUGAUUCUUUUGAUUUGUUAAAGGGAUAGUUCAACCAUAAAUGUAAAUAAUCCCUCAUGCUGUCCCAGAUGUGUAUGAAUUUUAUUUCUUCUGCAGAACACAAACUAAUAUUUUUAGAAAAAUAUCUCAGCUCUGUAGGUCCAUACAAUGGACAAU